UAUGUGCCCCCCCCAGGACGAGCUGGUGUCGUGCCACUCGCUGUCCUUCAGCACUGAUGGCACUGAGUUACUGUGUGGGUACGAGAGCUGCGUGCGCGUCUUCACCACACAGAGACCAGGGAGACACUGCACCACACGGACACUGCGCUGUGGAGGGCAGGCUCAGAAGGGCCUGAUUGGCUGCCUGGCCGUCAGCCCCGCCCAGGAGCUGUUGUGCUGUGGGUCCUAUGGGCGCAGUGUGGGGCUGUACCCCAUGGAUGGGGGGGGGGCCGUGGCUCUGUGGCCUCAGCUCCCCUUUGCCCCCACUUAUCUCCGCUUCAGCCCCGAUGGGGUCUAUCUGUACGCCGGGGGGCGCAAGGCCAAUCACAUCCUGUGCUGGGAUGUCCGUCAUCCAGACAAGGAGCUGUUUGUGAUGGAGCGACGCGUGGCCACCAACCAGAGGGUGACCUUUGACCUCGACCCCCUUCACCCCUGGCUGCCCAUCAUGGCCACGUCGUCGGGGCAGCGCGUGUUCCCUGUGCCGUGGGACAGCGAUGACGAGGGGGGGGACGACGACGACGAGCCCCCCCGGCGGGGGGACAACGGGCUGCAGCUGUGGUGGUGGGGGGGGGGCGAGGACCCCUGCUAUGGGGACAAAGGGGACAACGGGGGGGGACAUAUGGGGACCUGUGGGGGCAAUAUGGGGACAUAUGGGGACACAGGGGACACGGGGGGGGGCAAUGGACAAUAA